CGAGCCCCCACGGACCCCUGUACUGGAGACCCCAACCGCUACUAUGACAAGACUGCCGGGAGGUGCUGUUACCACUGCCCUAUGGGGUCGUCCCCACAGCACCUGUGCCCGCAGGGGCCAUCCGACUGCAGGAAGCAGUGCCAGCAGGACUACUACCUGGGCAGCGCCAACCGGUGCACAGCCUGUGUGACCUGCAGAGACGACCAGGUGGAGAAGAAGCCAUGUUCCCAGAACUCCCCUCGUGUCUGUGAGUGCCGGGCCGGCAUGUACUGUGCCACGUCAGCCUCCAACUCCUGUGCCCGCUGUGUCCUCCACUCCACCUGCCCCCCAGGGACGAUGGUCAAGUCUCCCGGCACCGCGCGGAGGGACACCGUCUGUGAGCCCCACUCCCCAGGGGCCAGCCCUGCCUGCGGCGAGGGCCGCGAGGACUGCAGGGCGCCUGCCAGCGGCACCACCCCCCGGGCCCAGCCCGCCCUGACCUCAGCCAGCUCUGAAGCCAGGACCCCGCUUCUUGAAGGGGACACUCCUCCCACCCCCGAAGCGGAUUCCAAAAUGCUGAGGGCUCCCGAUGUUCUUUCCUCCGCGGGGAAGCCCCGUCUGGAUGCAGGACUGUCCCCGCAGCACCUGUGCCCUCUGGGGUCCACCGACUGCAGGAAGCAGUGUGACCGGGACUACUACCUGGACAAGGACGGCCGCUGCACAGCCUGCGUGACCUGCUCAGGAGAUCACCUCGUGGAGAAGACACCUUGCACGUGGAACUCCUCCCGCGUCUGUGAAUGCCGACCUGGCACGUUCUGUGCCACGUCAGCCAGGAACUCCUGUGCCCGCUGCGUCGCCUGCCCUGCCGUCCCGCCCAAGGGGGCCGCCGCAUGCCUGGGUAAGCGGCCCACCCCCCGAUGGGGGGCUGAGGUCUGUGCCCAGCAGCCGGCGGCCGUAUCUCUCCCACCCCCACGGGGCAAAGGGCCUUCGACCCCCGCUGUGAACGAGGUCGGGUUUGGGCCUUGUAAAGACACCACCCAUCAGCCGCCUCACCCGGGGACCCACCCUAACCGCAGCACCCACCCGGAGGACAGCGAGGUGCCGGCCAGCACCAGCGCCUCCCAGAUCUCCUUCCCCGACGCCCAGCCCGGUAAGGGGCACAGAGGAGGCGCCACCCACACCCAGGAGGUCGCCCCCCUCUCUACAAGUGCCCCUGUCUCUUUCUCCUCCGCGGGGAGACCCAUCCUGGUCUCAGGACCCGUGCUCCUCUGGCUGCUGGCGCUGCUGGCAGGGGUGGUCGUCGCCGGCUCCUUCCUCCUGUGCCACCGCAGGGCCUGCUGGAAGUGGAUGCAGCAGAAGCUGCACCUGUGCUUCCCCGUCCAGACCUUCCGGCCCAAGCCCGAGCCUGCGGAUGCCAGGCCCCCGAGGAACCAGCCAGAGCUGAAGGGCCUGUUGGUGACGGAGCCCCGCCCAGAGAAGCUGGGGUUCAUGAGCCCCCCGGCUGUGGAGUCCUGCGCCCACGUGGGGGCCGCCGGCCGGGAGAGCCUGCCGCUGGUGCGGGCCAGUCCAGCCGGGAGCCCCUCAUCCCCCAGGGACCUUCCCGAGCCCCGGGUCACCACGGAGCACACCAACAACAGGAUCGAGAAAAUCUACAUCAUGAAGGCCGACACCGUGAUCGUGGGGACCGUGAAGACGGAGGCGCCCGAGGGCCGGGGCCUGGCGGGGCCGGUGGAGCGGGAAAUGGAGGAGGACCUGGAGGCGGACCAUGCCCCGCACUACCCGGAGCAGGAGACGGAGCCGCCGCUGGGCAGCUGCUCAGACGUCAUGUUCUCCGUGGAGGAGGAAGGGAAGGAGGACCCCUUGCCUGAGACGGCGGCGUCUGGGAAGUGAGGCCUGGCUGGGGCUGAGCGGGCAGCUGGGUGUCUCUGGGACCCGGGCGUCACCAUGGACCAUGCUGGUGCAGAGGCCCUUCGGCUGACCUGAGUUUCCAGCGCCCGGUGGUCCAUGCAGGAGGCGUCUGGGGGUCUUUGCCUGCAUCCCCACCCAGCCGCCCCCCACCCUGACCCUGGGGCAGUGGGCUGUGCAGUAGAAACAGCCAAGGUGCUGGAUCUGAAUGGCCGUGUUUGCUGGGGCAACAGGAAGACAGACAGCACAGCCUGGACACUUUGCCUCCGCUGCUCCUGAGAAGACACCCCAGAGUCCUGGCAUGGGCCCCCCUCCCUCCAGGGUGGAGCCCACCGGAGGCAGAGGCUGUGAGGCCCACACCCGUGCCUUCUCCCCUCGCCCCCUGGAGAGAUCCCCACUGGGCCUUGCUACCAGGCCAACAACCCGCAGUUACUGUAAACUCGGCCCCCGGUGGCCCCGAGCCAGCGUCUGUGGUUUCCCCUCAGUCCGAAGGGAAACAGGGAUCGGGCGGCCGGCUGGCCCAUUGCAGCCACCGCGGCCAUGCUGUGCCCUGUGCCCUAUGCCUGGUGGUGCCCAGCCAGCCUCCAGCCCUGUGUGGUGGGCCGAGGUGGACCCUCCUGGUGCUGCCCCUUCCCGGUUCUGGGGCCCCACUGUGGGCCCUGGCUUAGGAUCAACCAGCUCAUCUCAGAAUGUUCCUCCCAGGCCCAGUAGCCAAGGGCACUGCCUGCUCUGUCCUGGGAAAUGAAGAUGCCCACAUGGACCCUGACGGUACUGGGCCUGCCUCUUGUAGGGGCCGUUCCUCACCCGUGUUGGGACACGGAUGUCAAAAGCUGAUUCUGCCUGAUCCUGGGCUUGGGGGACAGUGCUGUGCAGCUCAGUCCGGGGUCAGGAUGUUUGUGUCGCACACGAAGGAAUAACCGCCGGCUGGCCUGCCCUCCCGGGGCCUUCGGACGCGUGCACGCAGGCGUGUGGCCUCGGAAAGGGGCCCGUGGGCAGAUGACAGGGUCGCCGCAGCUCCUGGAAUUUCCCGCCGAAGCCUGGCCUGAGAGCUGCUGUUUACGGUGCACCAGCCGCUCGGCUGGAGGAAGUCGGGCCGGCCCGGGAAUGGCAGGGGCAGGUUCUGAAACCGCUCUGAUAUUCUGGGGAAAGUUGGAGAGGCGGGGACGCCGUGAGAGGCCGCUACCCCAGACCCUGGAGAAGUUCACGCGGGAUGGGUGAUCUCUGCCCAAAUGCCCGUGUGGGCAGCUCUGCACCCAAGCCUCCGUGCACGCACCCAGCACCCCGCGGGCAGGGCUAGGGCUGCCCGUGGCUGGACGCGGACGUCUGCUUAAUGAAAUGACGCACUCCCCCGAAGAUGAACUUGAAAAGUUCACCAAGUUCCUUACCAGUGACCACAAGGCUGAGGAAUCUCUCGUGGAGACUGAGAGUCCUGGAGAAGCUCUGAGUUCAGGGAUCCCCCACCCCUCUGCCUGGCCUCUGGAGGGUCUCCUCCCUGUCCCUCCUGUGCCCGGGCCCGGGCUGCCUGUGGACACUCCGAAUAAAGCUGCUCUGCCCCAGG